AUGUUCGAAUACGAUAUUAUUAUAUAACGCGAUAACGUAUUGUACACGAACUAAAACAGUACACGACGGGCUGUUUGCUUUUUGAGUUUUAGUGCGUGUACUGUAUAGUAGUAGUGUUUCUAUCAACAAUAAAGCAGUAAACAGAAGUCUCAAAUUCCAUCCAUUUUCUACCGCUUUUCUUCUUUAAUUUCCCUCAUGGGAUUAGUUAAUGCAGGAUGCAGGCGGGCAGGCCACUAGUGGAGGUGGUGCGCCUGGGCCUGCUCUCCUACCAGGAAGCGCUGCAGGUCCAGCGGGUCUACGUCAAGCGCCACCAGGUCAGUCCGGCUCACGCUCUUCUGCUGUGCCAGCACCCGCCCGUCUACACCACGGGCAUCCGCCAGAAAGCCGAGCCGCCCUCCUCGCUGGACCGCCUGCGCCUGCUGGGAGCCCAAGUCCACAACGCCGACCGAGGAGGCCUCAUCACGUUCCACGGUCCGGGACAGCUGGUCUGCUACCCGAUCCUGAACCUGGGCUCCUUCAAGAAGAGUGUCCGCUGGUACGUGUCGCAGCUGGAGGAGACCGUCAUCUCGGCGUGUAGAAGGUUCCACGUGGAGGCGUCCAGGUCUCCUCACACCGGCGUUUGGGUCGGGGACAACAAGAUUUGUGCCAUCGGCAUCCGCUGCUCGCGCUACGUCACGUCGCACGGCCUGGCCCUCAACUGCAACACGGAGCUGUCGUGGUUCCGCCACAUCGUGCCGUGCGGCCUGCAGGGCAAGGGCGUGACCUCGCUCAGCGCCCAGCUGCACAGAGACGUGGGCGUGGACGACGCCGUCCCUCACCUGCUGGACGCCUUUGCAGACCACUUCCACUGUGACUUAGUGGAGAAUGAAUCAAGACACUGAUGAGUCCAGGAUGAAUGUCAUUAUCCACAAUGAUGUGCUCUCUUUAUCAACUGUUGUACAUUACUGACAUUGUUCGCCAAUCAUUUCACUUGAUCCAAACUUUUUCUUACGUACCACAUAACUAAAUAUGAGUAUGUUUGAUCCCUGCUUAUCUUGAAUCAAUAUUAGUAUUGUAUUGGAAAUGGAAAAGUUGUAUAGGGACACCGCUAUUUAUAUGUACUAUGACCAUUUGCAUAAACCAGGGGUCCCCAAACUUUUUGACUCGGGGGCCGCAUUAGGUUAAAACAAUUGGUUGCCAAUCAGGGACAGGUGUGGCCAGGUUGCCAAUCGGGGAUAGGUGUAUUCAGGUUGCCAAUCAGGGAUAUGAGUAUUCAGGUUGCCAAUCAGGGACAGGUGUGUCCAGGUUGCCAACCAGGGAAAAGUGUGUCCAGGUUGCCAAUCAGGGACAGGUGUAUUUAGGUUGCCAAUCGGUGAUAGGUGUGUUCAUGUUGUCAAUCAGGGAUAGGUGUGUCCAGGUUGCUAAUCGGUGAUAUGUGUGUUCAUGUUGUCAAUCAGGGAUAGGUGUGUCCAGGUUGCCAAUUGGGGACAGGUGUGUCCAGAUUGCCAACCAGGGAAAAGUGUGUCCAGUUUGCCAAUCAGGGACAGGUGUAUUUAGGUUGCCAAUCGGUGAUAGGUGUGUUCAUGUUGUCAAUCAGGCACAGGUGUAUUUAGGUUGCCAAUCGGUGAUAGGUGUGUUCAUGUUGUGAAUCAGGGAUAGGUGUGUCCAGUUUGCCAACCAGGGAAAAGUGUGUCCAAGUUGCCAAUCUGGGACAGGUGUGUCCAGGUUGCAAAUCAGGGACAGGUGUAUUUAGGUUGCCAAUCGGUGAUAGGUGUGUUCAUGUUGUGAAUCAGGGAUAGGUGUGUCCAGGUUGCCAACCAGGGAAAAGUGUGUCCAAGUUGCCAAUCUGGGACAGGUGUAUCAAGGUUGCCAUUGCCAACCACGAAAAUGUGUGUCCAUGUUGCCAAUCUGGGGCAGGUGUGUCCAGGUUGCCAACCAGGGAAAAGUGUGUCCAGGUUGCAAAUCUGGGACAGGUGUGUCCAGGGUGCCAAUCAGGGACAGGUGUAUUUAGGUUGCCAAUCGGUGAUAGGUGUGUUCAUGUUGUCAAUCAGGGAUAGGUGUGUCCAGGUUGCCAACCAGGGAAAAGUGUGUCCAAGUUGCCAAUCUGGGACAGGUGUAUCCAGGUUGCCAUUGCCAACCAUGGAAAUGUGUGUCUAGGUUGCCAAUCUGGGACAGGUGCGUCCAGGUUGCCAACCAGAGAAAAGGGUGUCCAGGUUGCCAAUCAGGGACAGGUGUGUCCAGGUUGCCAAUCAGGGACAGGUGUGUCCAGGUUGCCAAUCAGGGACAGGUGUAUUUAGGUUGCCAAUCGGUGAUAGGUGUGUUCAUGUUGUGAAUCAGGGAUAGGUGUGUCCAGGUUGCCAACCAGGGAAAAGUGUGUCCAAGUUGCCAAUAUGGGACAGUUGUAUCAAGGUUGCCAUUGCCAACCACGGAAAUGUGUGUCCAGGUUGCCAAUCUGGGACAGGUGUAGUCCAGGUUGCCAACCAGGGAAAAGGGUGUCCAGGUUGCCAAUCUGAGACAGGUGUAUCCAGGUUGCCAUUGCCAACCAUGGAAAUGUGUGUCCAGGUUACCAAUCUGGGACAGGUGUGUCCAGGUUGCCAAUCUGGGACAGGUGUGUCCAGGUUGCCAAUCUGGGACAGGUGUCCAGGUUGCCAAUCUGGGACAGGUGUGUCCAGGUUACCAACCAGGGAAAAGUGUGUCCAAGUUGCCAAUCUGGGACAGGUGUAUCCAGGUUGCCAUUGCCAACCACGGAAAUGUGUGUCCAGGUUGCCAAUCUGGGACAGGUGUAUCCAGGUUGCCAUUGCCAACCAGGGAAAAGUGUGUCCAAGUUGCCAAUCUGGGACAGGUGUAUCCAGGUUGCCAUUGCCAACCACGGAAAUGUGUGUCCAGGUUGCCAAUCUGGGACAGGUGUGUCCAGGUUGCCAACCAGGGAAAAGUGUGUCCAGGUUGCCAAUCUGGGACAGGUGUGUCCAGGUUGCCAACCAGGGAAAAGGGUGUCCAGGUUGCCAAUCAGGGACAGGGGUGGGAGCCCACGCUCAGUGGCAGACAAAGGACAAAGGAAGUGAAAACUACAAAAUAAGAGCGCUGGACAAGAACCCAACACCAAACACAGGAAACAAACAACACAAGUCCAAAGAAG